CCAGGGAACGCUCAGACUGGGCUAACGUAUUAGCUGCCUAGCCUAGCUUUUGAGUACAAAAUGUUCGCUCGUUAAAAAGUUUCCAUAAAUAAAAUACUUAAUCCACAUUCACGCGUUCUCAAGGUACGGUAUUGUAAAAGAAACGUCUCUACCAUACUCGUGUUUUGUCACGUAGCUGCUCACUAUCCCCAGGGUAAUUUACUGCAGCAGGAGAGCAUGGGUGAUGAGCAACAAGUUCCACAAACACCUGCCGUUCCCCAGACGUGUGCGGACAGACUUUCGACCUCCAACGAAGAACAGAUAGAGAAGAUGAAGAAAGAUGGUGUUUUAACGGAGGAGCAGGUCGCCAGCUGUUUAUCCAACCUCGGACACUCCGCCACUGGACUACAGCACGUUUACCAGUUUCUCUCUAUCCCAGGUCGGCAUCUGAGUAAUAUUUCAAUCUUAUCCAAUUACGUCUAUCUUCAAAAGCUAGAAAUCCCACACAACAACAUCAAAGAUUUAUCCUGUGUAAGCCACAUGCCAUACCUGAUCAUCCUUGAUGCCUCCCACAACGAAAUCUCAGACUUCUUUGGAUUCCAGCCCCCAAAGAACCUCAAGGAAGUCAAUUUAUCCCACAACCGGAUGGUACUGAUGAAGGAUUUGUCUGCCUACUGUUCUCUCAGUAAACUAAAACUGGACUACAACUCUUUCAGUCAGAUCCGAGGGCUGGGCCGAUGCACCGGCCUCACUCACCUUAGCCUGGCCCACAACAAGCUCUCCCACAUCAGCGGCCUCAAUAACUUGCCACUCAAAGAGCUCUGCUUGAGAGGCAAUCAGAUAACAAAGAUUGAGAACAUGGAGACGCUGAGGAGCCUUCACGUUGUGGACCUGUCCUUCAACAAGAUCCAGAGUCUCUCAGGCCUCCAGGACCUCAUCCUGCUAGGAUCCGUCAACCUGGAGAGGAACCUGAUCAGUGACAUCAAGGAGGCCUCUCACCUUCACAGCCUGUACCUCCUGAGAGAGCUCAACCUCCUGAAGAACCCUGUUCAGGACCAGCCAGACUGUAGACUGGCUUUGAUAUUCCUCCUCCAGCAUCUGAGCGGUCUGGACCAGCAGAAGGUCACAGCAGAGGAGAAGGUGUCUUCGGUGAACAGGUACGACCCCCCUCUGGAGGUGGUGGCAGCCAGAGAUCACAUGACCCACAUGGUGUACCAGCUGAUGCAGCCACAGGUCCUCUACGAUAGCACCCUUCCCAGUCUGGACUCUCCCUACCCCAUGCUGGUGUUGACUGGCCCCCAGGCGUGUGGGAAGAGGGAACUGGCCCACAAGCUCUGCCUGGACUUCACUGACUUCUUCUCCUACGGAGCCUGCCAUACCACCAGGGAUCCCUACUUUGGGGAGGAGAACGGGAGUGACUACCACUUUGUGACAGAGGAAGUCUUCCAGAACAUGAUUCACAUGGGCCAGUUCAUCCAGACCAUGCAGUAUGGAGGGCACUGGUACGGCCUCUCUCGUGAGGCAGUGGAGGCAGUGGCCAGAGAGGGCCUGGCCUGCUGUGUGCAUAUGGAGCUGGAGGGUGUGUUCAGUCUGAAGAACAGCUACUUCGAGCCUCGCUACGUGCUCCUGAUCCCCACAGACCAGGAGCGUUACUGCCUGCGUCUGAGGAGACGAGCCCUCUACACCCAGCCCCAGGUGGAGGCUGCCCUGGGCCGGGUCCACCUCUACGCCCGCGUCAGCAGAGAACACCCAGGAUUCUUCGACGACGUCAUCCGCUGCGAUGACCCAGCCGAGGCCUAUACCUCUCUGAAGCAGGUGGUGAGGCAGUACCUGGGCCUCCACCAGGCAGGAGGAGACCACAAACAGAGCAGCAGCAGCACUCCAGACACCAGCACUGAGCUAUCGAGGGAGGAGGUUCCAGCGAAGGAGAGGAGCCGACCUCCAUCCAGCCCUGCAGAGGCCGGCCUCCCCUCCAGCCCCGGCCCAGCCCCGGAGCCGUCUGAGGCCGGCGUCUGCAGGACCUACCUCAGCAAGGUCCAGGCCCAGCUCACCCCCCUCAAGACCCCUGCUGAGCUGUCCUCUCUCCAGCGCAGGCAGCAGCUGGUCAGGGAGGCUCUGAAGGGGAGGAGUCCUGAAGCUUACACACAGCUUUUCAAGAGGUCUGCCCAGACUGCUCCUUCAUUGUUGACCUCCCAGAGCCAGGAUCCGGCCCGGUCACCCUCCAGGAUCCCCCCUCAGAACCAGCCGGAAGACAGUUCAGACGAGUCCCGUGCCAGUUCGGCCCUCUCUAUACCCAGCUCAACAGGGGCCUCAUCCAAGACUGCCGGCCCAGCAGGGGGCUCGGAGCUGGGCUCAGAACCCCAUGUCGAGCCCCUGGAUACCACCUCUCUGGAACACACCCUGGAGACACUCCAAGACCAGGUGGAGACCAGCCACACCCCCGAUGCCCCCCGGCCAGCCUCCGGCCUCCUCUCUCCUGCUGUCACCCCAUCAUCCGGGCGCCCGGGCUCCAACGCCAGACCCGUCCUGCCCCCCAUCCCCCCGGGGCGCAAGUCCCCCUCCCCCAGCCCCACCACCCUCCCCGACCUCGGACCCAGACCCUGAGAGCCAGGAGAGGCCAGCAUAGAGAACCAAGGCCCAAGGAAAGAGCCCUAGGCGGGGGUCAGGUACAGAGAGACAGUAUGGAGCCAUGGAAAGACAUAUAUUCAGUAAAACUAUAUUCACCCUACUUCAUUAAA